UGUUAAUUGGUUAGUGUGACGGACCAGAAUGAAAGACCUUAAAGUUAGUGAGUUUGUUAUAUCAUAUGCACAGGCUACUGGGUAUUCAGAACUGACAUACUGCAAAUUUAAAUUUAAUUUUCUGUGACAGAGGUGCUUUAACAUGAAUGAAAAAGGAGAGGCUAGGUUUACAACCUAGCAUAGGCUACAGUUUGUAACAGAAGCCAUGAGAGAUUGAAGAAUAAAUGCUAGACCCAUUUGUUGCUGACAACAGCAGAAGAAGUUUGAUCCUGGAACAUGACCCCCUGUAAACUGCAUACACAUGGAACGUACCUUAUCUUGUGUUAUAUAUGUGGUAUAUUUGAAAGAGCCACACUGAAUACUAUUUAAAAAAAAAAAGAACCUUACUAUGGACAACCGUUCCACUGUCGGCUUUAAUGGUAAUAUAUUUCAAUACAGAGUUACAGGCCACUGAAACCUAAGGGUUCAUUUUUGGCUUCCUUGUAUAUCCAUGGACAGAACUUAUAUUUACUUAUACAUUUUUUCCUGCAGGACUAAUGUCAAUGAAUUGGCAGCAUCCAUAGCAGCGGACGAGCCUCUAGUUACUCCCAAUGUGAUUCCUCAACUUGCUGAGUCACUUGCUAAGCUCCAGACAAAGAUCAGCAAUGCAAAUAACCAUCGGUUUCAUAAGUACAAGACUCUCAAGACACAUCUGCUGCCACUGACUAAUGUUGCAUUUGAUAGGAGAGGAAAACGCUGUAUCACUGGGAGUUAUGAUCGUACUUGCAAACUUUGGGAUAUCGACUUUGGCAAAGAACUCGUCACCCUGGAAGGUCACAAAAAUGUAGUUUAUGCUGUAGCAUUCAACAGUCCAUGUGACGACAAGAUAUUGACAGCCUCUUUUGAUAAAACUGCUCGCUUGUGGUCAGCUGAGACAGGUGAAUGCUACAACACUUUGUGGGGUCACACAGCAGAGGUGGUCACAGUUCAGUUCAACCCCCGAAGGCUUCUGGUGGGCACUGGCUCCAUGGAUUUCACUGCCAGACUUUAUCAUAUUGCCACAGGACAAGAAGUGGCAACAUUACGUGGGCACACAGGAGAAGUAAUUGCUUUGCAGUUCUCCAGUGAUGGCAACCAGAUAAUCACUGGUUCAUUUGAUCAUUCUAUCAGCGUCUGGGAUACCCGCACAGCAAAAAGAGUAGGUAUCCUUAGUGGUCACUCAGAAGAAAUUAGUAACUGCUUGUUCAACCACGACUGUACGCUUAUAGCUAGUAGCUCCAUGGACAAAACAGCAAAGGUGUGGGACCAACGUACCUCCUCCAGUCUGGCUACCAUUAUGGGACACAAUGAUGAGGUUCUAGACAUUGCAUUUGAUUACACGGGUCAUCGCUUGUCAACAGCAAGUAGCGAUGCUACUGCAUGCAUAUGGGAUGUUCACUCAGACUUCAAGCUAUUGGCUAAAAUGGAGGGUCACAGGGAAGAAGUCUCCAAGGUCUGUUUCAGUCCUGCAGGGGCUCAGCUUCUGACAGCAUCAUUAGACAGAACAGCUAGACUGUGGAAUACAGACACAGGCCAAUGCAUCCAGAUACUUGAGGGACACACAGAUGACGUAUUUUCAUGUGCAUUCAGUUACAAUGGAGAUAUUAUCAUCACAGCUUCCAAGGACAAUACAUGCAGGAUCUGGAGGUAA